GGAUAAGACCAGUUUCAGUUUAUUGUCAGCACCGUGAAUUCGAGGUGUCAUAAGCAUUCAUUUCAGCAUAGAGCAGGGCUUCGCGAUGAUUCUGGUUGUCGUUGUAUUUUUGUGCACACUCGAUGCUAGAGUGCGCGAGUCAUUAUAAUUUCUUCCCGCCAACAUUUCGCCCCUACUGUUGCUCUGAGCGAAACUCGAACUCACGACACUGCGCUGAACUCCUGACAGCCACAUAUUCACCACUGCAUACCUCGUUCAAGAUACAUGGCCAUGCAAGCCAAAUUCAUGGUUCCAGCAUUCACCCUGCUUGCGGUGAGCGUAUCAGCGGUCGCUGCUGACUUCGUGGCCUGUCCUUCGAUGGACGACAAGGAAACAGAUGCCACCCUGUUGCCAAACCCGUACAACUGUUCGACUUUCUACCUGUGUUCUCAGGGUGCCCCGCAGCUGAUCGAGUGCCCUCAUGCCCUGAAAUUCAACAAUAAUCUCAACGUGUGCGACUUCCCUUGGCGUGCUGCCUGCGUCGAGCUCCCUAUCCCGGAACCCGCACUGCCGACCACUGAAGCUCCUUUGGCCACCGAGAGGGUUGUCAUCACGAAAAUUGUCACGGAGAUUUUCAGGCCCGUCGAAGAGCAGGCCGCACCUUCGUGAAAAAUAAAGCGCUGCUACUUGCACACCUAUGA